AGUUUCUUGAAUGUUAUAUUAUUUAUUUUAAAUAAUUCAUAAAAAAUCACUUCAUAUCAUUUUGGUUACAUCUCUAAAUGUUACUAGAGCCUUAAAGACUAUACAAUAUAUUAGAAUUAAUUGGUGGGGACUAGGGAUGCACCGAAAAUUCGGCCACCGAAAAUUAUCGGCCGAAAAUGGUUAAAAAGGCCCUUUUCGGCUUUCGGCCGAAAGGGUUUUAGCACCGAAAAAAUAUCACCGAAUGUCAGAACAGGCAACCUAACGUGUUGUUGUGAUGACGUAAUAAAGACGCGGCGACGCGGCGAGGCAGGGACCAUGCUCACGGCUGGCUCACAGCCAACAUAUCUGCCGCUUGGAGAUACUUCACAAUAUCAGAUAAAGAGGCGCGGAUUGCGAUUUGCAAAACGUGUUCAGCUGACAUUUCUCGAGGGGGUGUAACUUCAAAGACUUUCAGCACUUCGGGAUUACUCCAUCACUUGAAAUCUAAACACCCGGACCAAUAUACGGAGUAUGAUGAAAUCACCAGCGCACAGAGAAAAAAAAGUCCUUCCCAGCACCCCGACUCCUUCUGUGGCGGACCUUUUUGAAAAGAUUAAAAAGUUUCCCAGUGAUGGUCCUAAGGCAAAGGGCAUUACUCGGAAGUUAAUGGAAUGCAUCGCCAUGGACGAUCAACCGUUUUCUGUCGUACAGGACGUUGGAUUUCGUAGGCUUAUUGAGCAUAUUGAGCCACGUUAUUCCUUGCCUAGCAGACAACACUUAGCAGACGUGUGCUUACCUGAACUGUACAAUGUCGUUGCUAAUCACAUCCAUGAGCUCUUGGCUACAGAUAUUACAGCCAUCAGCUUCACGACAGACAUAUGGAGCUCAGACGUAAGCAUCACCAGUAUGCUCAGUCUAACUGCACAAUGGAUCGACAAGGAUUUUAAACUGCAAAAGAUUCUGCUGCAUUCGCAAGAGUUUAGGGGGUCUCAUACAGCACAAUCCAUCUCCUUGACAUUCGCCAAUAUGUUCGACACAUGGCAUAUCGACCGACCUAAAGUGCACGCAAUAGUCAGUGAUAACGCAAGAAAUAUGACUAAAGCUAUAGAAGAAUGCAAUCUGAGUGGAAUACGCUGCAUGGCCCACACUCUGCAAUUAGCUGUGAACGAGGGAGUGUUGGCUCAACGCAGCGUAAAAGAUCUGUUGGCCAUAAGCAGAAAGAUUGUUGGUCACUUCAAACAUUCUCAACUGGCCUAUUCUCGCAUUGAGCCAAUACAAGAUGAGCUUGGAGUAACAACGAAACGGUUCCAACAAGAUGUGAGUACACGGUGGAACAGUACUUAUUAUAUGCUGGAAAGCCUCUUUGCUCAAAAGCGAACCUUGGCUACAUACAGCGCAGAUCAUGAUCUCCCCGCAUCAUUCACUCCAAACCAGUGGAUCUUAAUGGAGAACAUUCUCUCCAUUCUUGCCCCAUUCGAACAGCUAACUAGAGAGAUUAGCUCAUCUGACGCAUCGGUGGCAGACGUCAUCCCUUUAAAUGCGGCUCUAAAGCGUCUUCUAAGGAAAGAGGUUGAAACGGACCGUGGAGUAAAAACUAUGAAAAGUACACUCUUGGAGUCUGUCAACACACGUUUUGCUGAUAUCUACUCUGAUCCCCUGUACUGUAUCGCGACUGUACUUGACCCGCGAUAUAAAGACAAUUAUUUUGAUGCGGGGAAAAAGCAAAGCGCACGAGACAUGAUCCAGGCUGUGUUGGAUAAGGAGAACCCACGAGAGGAGGCUGCUGCGCACAGCACAGGAGACGUGACGCAGACCACAGAAAAAAGGGCUCGUCUGUCUACAGCAGAGGAGGAGAGGGGGCAACCACCCUCGUUGUCUGAUAUGUUCAACGAGAUCAUGGAAGAGAAUACUACCCCAAAUAGGCUGGUGACAAGCUCAACCGCUCAACAGUUAGAUGAUUAUCUCUCAGAAGUACCCAUCCCCAGAAGCGAGAACCCUCUUGGAUACUGGAGAAACAAACAAGACCGCUUUCCUGACCUGGCCAAGGUGGCACGCAAGUAUUUGAGUGCUCCAUGCACAAGCACUGACAGCGAGAGACUGUUCAGCGCUGCCUCUCAUGUGCUUGAUGAGAAGAGGAACAGACUCAUGGCUGAUAAAGCAGAGAAGCUACUGUUCAUUAAAAAGAACCUCCCACGUUUCCUUAAUAAGUACACAAGGCUGGCUUAUCAUAGGCUUAUCAUAGGCUUUCAUUUGUAAAUACUAUAGUUACAUUCAUGUGGAUUUAUCCAGUUUGCACAUUUGUAUGCAUGCACUUAUAGGUGCAUUUGUUGUUGUUGUUGUUGUUGUUGUUGACACUAUUUUGUUGUAGGCCUACUGGCCUAGAUGUUUAUGCUGUUUUAAAGCCCCUUGGCUUUGUUCUGAAUGCACUUUGUUGUAGUUAUUAUCCUACAGAGAAAAUAAAUGUACAAAUGUUCAAAAGUGCUGAAUAAAUGUUUUAUGGACCCAUAAUAGUGAUUAUUAUUUAAGUUAUGCCAUAAGUUGCCAUAAUCAUGUCUAUUUCCAUAAUCAGGUAGCUGAACAACAUUGGUAAAAAAUGUAUACAUUAUAUAUAUAUAUUUCUAUUAAUCAUUUUCGGCCUUUCGGCAUUCGGUUUUCGGGCCAACUGUUUCCUAUUUUCGGUAUCGGUUUCGGCCAAGAAUUUCCCAUUCGGUGCACCCCUAGUGGGGACAGUGGAUCUUGCACACCUUUCGAUCAAGGCAGAAAUGCCCCCGGACAUAGCCUGCUUUCUAUCUCCAAUGUUAUUUUGGGAAAAUAGAAAAAUAAAAUAACAGCAGUUGAAUUUAUCCUGAAAAGUUUAGAACCCAACCCAAUUCUCUAGAGAAGCAUUGAUUAGUUUCCUACUUGUAACUGCACCCAUAAUUGGUGUUUUUUACAGCUUUCUGUUUGAUACAGUAUUCUGGAGUCCAUCCUAAACCCAACCUCUGUUCUGU